AUGUCGAAACCCGCCGCAGACCACUAUGAAUCUCUAGCAUCCAUCCCUGCCGGCUCGUCCGCGCAUCGCGACCUGUCGGCAACCGAGCUUCCAUCUGAUGGCGAUAUUCCACGGCCAGUCGACCUGGGCGAUGUCCACUGCUUUGUGCAACGGCACCAUCUAGCACAUCAUACCGUUGUGUUUGAAAAGGCCGCCAUUAUCGUCCUAGGGGAGACUCCGUUGAGUAGUGUUCCAGGAAUCACCGCCACUGAACUACGCGCUUUGCAACAGGAGACGGAAAAUAAAUGGAAACAACCAAAGACGCUCUAUUUCACGAUCCUGGUUUGUUCAAUAGGGGCCGUUGAGCAAGGCUGGGCCCAGACGGCCAUGAACGGCGCGAACCUGGGAAUCCCAAAGGCAUUCGGUAUUGAUUCAAACAGCAAACAUGACGCAUUCCUGCUCGGGCUAAUCAACAGUGGUAUCUUCCUCAGCGUGUGCCUCUUGGGUGCAUGGUUAUCUGGACCCAUCAACCAUCGACUAGGCCGACGGGGAGCAGUUUUCGUUGGCAGUCUAAUAUGCCUUGUUUCUAAUACAGGCUCGUCCCUCAGUCUUAACUGGCCCCAGCUUUUGGCUUUCCGCUUCAUUCUGGGCGCUGGCUUGGGUAUCAAUGCCAGCACUGUGUCAGUCUACGCAGCCGAAGUCACGCCGCCGCUCAUCCGCGGUGGCAUCGCUGUUUCGUGGCAGCUUUGGACCGCCUUUGGAAUCUUCUUAGGUUUCGUUGCUAAUACAGCAGUGUACAAUUAUGGCGACGAAGCUUGGAGGCUACAACUUGCUGGACCUGUUUUGCCUACUAUCCCGCUUCUCCUCACAGUGUACUUCUGCCCGGAAUCGCCACAAUGGUUUGUCAAGAAUGGCCAACGGUACAACCUCGCCUUCCAGUCACUGUGCAGGGUUCGAAACAGCGAGUUGCAAGCUGCAAAAGAGAUAUAUUCUACGUAUCUCCUAAGACGUGCCCAGUCAAAAUUAGACUCGAGGGAGGUGUCAUGGUCAAAGAAGAUUGCUGAACUCUUCACCAUUCCUCGCAACCGGCGAGCGAUUACGGCGUCUUACGUUGUCAUGUUGUCACAACAGCUUUGCGGCAUAAACAUUAUUGCUUAUUAUUCGUCAACGAUCUUCGCCGAUUCCGGAUUCUCUGCCUUUGGAGCAUUGUUAGCCUCCUGUGUCUUCGGUUUCGUCAACUUCCUCGGCGCAUUCCCUGCAGUCUUGACCAUGGACACUUUCGGCCGGCGCUCGUUGCUGCUGUUGACCUUACCAAUGAUGGCCGUAACGAUGCUUGGAGCAGGAUUCAGCUUCAACAUACCUGCGGAUCGCCCUGCGCACUUCGGUUUUGUUGCAGCGCUCAUCUACCUAUUUUGCGCUUUAUAUUCUCCAGGAAUGGGCCCCGUACCCUUUACUUACUCAGCAGAGGUGUUCCCGCUGUCGCAUCGUGAGAUUGGGAUGAGUUUUGCGGUGGCAACGGCGUCUUUCUGGGCAACUGUGCUCUCGCUCACAUUCCCACGGAUUCUGACGGUCCUGCAGCCGCAAGGAGCUUUUGCCCUAUACGCGGCUCUCAACAUUGUAGCCCUCGUGCUAGUUUUCCUGUUCGUCCCAGAGACUCGACUUAAAACGCUCGACGAACUCGACCACGUCUUCUCUAUUCCAACACGGACUUUCAUUAAGUACCAAUUGACCGAAUACCUGUCGUGGUUUACAAGGCGCUACAUCCUAUGGCAGAAAAACGCCGACUUGCACCCUUUGACCGUUGGAGAGGAAUACCAAGCACUUGUUGAAACCGACUAUGAGGAGGAAGACAUGCCUUAG